AUUAUGCAAGCUUUGACUGAGAAAGCCCCCGUGUAUUUACACAUCUUUGAAAAUUUAUACUUGGGAGAAAAAUGGUGCCUUUACGAGGUUGUUUUACGCGAAUACUCCGAUGUAUGACUUUCACAUCUGCUUUUAAUGGUCGUCAUAGGAAACAAAUGUUUCUGUUAUUUCUCGCCCUUGUAAUACUAUGUCAAGUUGUUCUUGUCACGAAGGUUUUGUACGUAAGAUCGGAGAGUCGUUCCCGCCAGUUCAACGAGAAAAACUCUGGCGCUCUGAAUACAACACCUGCUUUACUCACAACGACUAAAGGUACACAAAAUGAGGAUGCAUUGAGUAGGGGAAAUUUCCCGAAGGUUAUACACCUAACUCCGAGAAGAACUCGUAAGAAAAUUAUGCGUUUACUUCCUAAAAAGGUGAGAACUACGGCGAUAUCAACGUCGGCUUUUCAACCUACUAUUAAUUCGAGUCUUCUCGACAUAAAUUCUUCACCUAAUUCUUCGUCUAUAUUACACGUACCUCCUACGUUAGAUACUAGAAUUUUAAAUCAAUUCUGGCCUCCCUUGAAUUUUACCUUGGUAUCUCCGUGCAUUGCCCCGAAAAUCCAAGAGAGCCCAUAUCUUUUAAUUCUUAUCAACUCGGCUGUUCAUUCGAGCACGAACAAGGACCGUAGAAAUGCUAUACGAAAGACAUGGGCAAAUAAGAGAGUUCAGACGGACGGCUUUGGACUAGGAGCGAAGCAUGGAUUUCCGUUUAAAGUCCCCGUUGGCCGUUCUUUUCGAUUGGUUUUCCUCUUGGGGCGAAGUUAUAAUGAAACAAUCGACAAGGAGAUCGAAGCCGAAUCACAACAACACAAUGAUCUCGUGGUUGGAGAUUUUCCCGAUAAUUACGUCAACCUUAUAAUAAAAGUCUACAUGGGAUUCAAAUGGGCUAGGGAAAAUGUGAAAAGCAGGUUUAUUCUUAAAGGGGAUGACGAUACCUAUAUUUAUUUACCUCGGCUAACCAACAUUCUGCAGUCGGUACCAGAACGCUUUUUUGGCGGCUACGUCAUGACAAACGCACAGGUAUACCGCGAUGUAAACAAUAAACACGGCAUAAGCAAGCCGUUUUUUGGAGAGGACGUUUACCCGCCUUAUUGUGGAGGCCCGUUUUACGUGUUUACAAGUAACUUAUUGCCCGAUUUCAUUCGACUUACUUACCAUUUCAAGCCCUUUCACAUUGAAGAUGCUUACAUGGGGAUCUUAUUACGGCAUAUGGGCAUUAGGCCGGUCUUUAUACCGGGGUUUUUAUUGAAUGAUUGGAUGCCAGGAAACAUACGAAACUUUAAAGCCUGUGAUUGGGCAACGGCUAUUGCAGUUGGCCACAAGUUGGAAGGGGAAUUAAUAGAAUAUAUCCAUUCAAAGUUACCUAUUGUUGAUCCAUCAAGGUUGACCUCACAAGAGUGGCAACGCUGCCAUCGACGAAGCUCCCCAAGAAGUGAUAACGUACUAUCUGCUGUGUAUGGUAUAUUAAUCUCGUUAUCCAUGAUCCUGGUAUACGUCACAGUGGCAUUUCUCCCGAGUAACCAAGACGUGUAUGAUGAAAGACCCUUUUUCAACAGAAGACAACACUAUUACCCUUAUAUUCCCAGGGCAGGGAGAUGAUGAAUGGUAAUCAUAGUGGGGUGCUUACAGUGGUUGUACCUCAAUAAAGCAGUCAUUUGUACAGAUCCCAAAGUAUUGGUCACCAAAUCACUGUAUUUUAUACCUUUUUUAAGUGGGCGCUACAACUAUUUCACGGUCGCCCAAAGUGUAAUGCCUCCUGUAUUUUUCAAUGCGAAAAAGAAUUCUGCUAGUCAGAUCGAAGAACAAUGAAUUAGAUGACACGAUUUUUUUUCAACGUGUAAAACACGCUUUACAACUUAAAAAGUAUUAUAGACGCAAUAUUUUCAGUCUCUAAUUUUUCUUGUAAACCUCUUCUAAGCGGCCAACCGGCGUGUACCCAGGAUUUGCUGAAGGGGUGGGGGGAUGCGCAGGUAUCAAACCUUAAUACAAUAGUAUUUUACAAUCCUUUAAAAGGAAACGACCCUCUUUUUGGUGGCUUUUUUGCAAGCUCAAGCCAAUGGGAAGGUUAUUUCAUUAUGCUACAGAAUUUGCCAUAAGCUUAUUUAUUAUUGUAAAUACAUCAAAUGGCAGGUCCACUAACAAUAUUUAACGAAAAUAUAUAUAUAUAUAUAUAUAUAGCCGCGCAAUAAAGGUAUUGCUUGCAGGUCGAAA